GACCAGCAGACAUAUUACGAUAUCACUAUCGUGGAAGAGUUCCCCAUUCAGCUAGAGAGAUUCGUAAACAAACAGCAGCACCCACAAUACAACUUACAGUGCAAAUAGAGAAUAUAUACGACAUUGUGUUGAUCCUCCGAUUGAUAUCACUACGCGGAAAGAAUCCUUUUGUUUAUACGGAUGAAUUUCUCUAGGCCACGCUGGCUCAUCUGACUGGAGAAACUUCAACCACCUCAAUCUGUGAUGAGGCCGCUCUCUAUAGGCACGGGCAGUACAGCUGGUGUACCCUCAGAUGACACGUCGUGAUAUCAAUAGCAUUCUGUAUCAGUGACUACCAGUUCAUAUAUCUCUGCUUGCACUCGGAUAACUCUGUCAGCAUUGAAGAUUAUUUUCCAAAUAGUCUGGAUUCGAAGCUGCAUUUCUCUCUAAUUAGGCAGUUGACUCAUUCUGUGCAUUUAACCUUUGGCUUCGUUCAAAACGAUAAUGACGCUAAAAAAUGUGAAUCAAGAACAGCUUGAAUCUGUGCUAACCAUAUGGCAGUAAUGCGAAAACAACAACUGAUGGUAGAGAACCUGAAGCGUACAUCAGCCGUAUCAUUGCGUUGCACUAGUGUGCAUUAUGCUGUUGGCCUUGCAUUCGUUCUGUUCACUUACCGUUGACUCGUGCACCGAAUAGAGGCUGCAAAGAAAACAUACGUUAGAGUGUGCACAUUAGCAAAAUAUAGCUAUAUCACAUACAAUACUACCGAAAAAAAUGUUCAACUGUUGCGGUAGACGUUACGAUUAUCGUCCCAUCGAUCUCGCGUUUCAACCGAGUGGCUUCGGUAUUCGCCAUGUGCAAACAUUGCUGCUCUUCUUCGGUCUCACGGUUGCCUAUGCCCUUCGGGUCAACCUCUCGGUGGCUAUCGUAGCCAUGGUCGAUAAGAAUAGUUCGAGCACAUUCGAUCAUUUCGACUGGAGCGAGCAAACCAAAUCUGUGAUUCUCAGCAGUUUUUUCUGGGGUUACGUGGUAACGCAAAUCCCAGCAGGACAGCUUGCACAGCGAGUGGGUGCAAAAGUUUUGUUACUAUUUUCACUGGGAAUUUGUUCCACUCUCGCUGUUCUGACGCCACUGUUUGCCCACAUAGGAGGUGAUAAGCUAGUGAUAACCCUCCGAAUAGUACAAGGCCUUAGUCAAGGUUUUAUCUUCCCAUCGACCCAUACACUCCUGUCGAAAUGGGCUCCUGUAUCGGAGAGAGGGCGUCUUGGGACGUAUUGUUACGCAGGUGCUCAGUUUGGAACGGUGGUAAUGCUGGCCAGUAGCGGUUUCCUGGCAUCGUCGUCCGUUGGGUGGCCAGGCAUUUUUUACGUAUCCGGUGCUGCAGGUAUCGUGUGGACGGUAGUUUGGUUCUUCUUCGGUGGUAACUCGCCGGUUGAGCACAGAACGAUAUCCUCUGAGGAACGCGACUUUAUUGAGAGUUCGCUGGGAAAUCAAGAUCAUAGUAAAAAGAUCGUCACACCAUGGGCGGCUAUUUUAACUUCGGCGCCGAUGAUCGCUUUAACGGUUGCACAUUGCAGCCACAAUUGGGGCUUCUGGACUCUGCUGACUGAGAUGCCUACGUUCAUGAAGAACGUACUCGACCUAGAUAUCAAGAGCAACGCUCUGUUGUCUAGUUUACCAUAUCUGGUUAUGUGGAUUCUGAGCAUGAUUUUGAGCCCCAUUUCCGAUUUCCUGAUCAACAGGCAAUACUUGUCACGUGUUACUAGUAGAAAAGUAUUCAACACGAUCGGUCUAUGGAUUCCUAUGGCAGCUCUGCUGGGAUUGGCUUUCGUUCCGAAAGGAGAGAUCGACUUGGCCGUUGCAUUACUAACCAUGGCCGUUGGAAUCAACUCUGCGACCUAUUUGGGCUUCCAGGUCAAUCAUAUCGAUCUUGCACCCAAUCAUGCUGGAACAAUGAUGGGUAUUACCAACUGUGCGGCCAACAUAAUGUCAAUCAUCGCUCCGUUGAUUGUGGGGCUUGUACUACAUGAUGCGGCUGACCCAGUUCAGUGGCGAACAGUGUUCUACAUAGCUGCUGCCGUCUACUUCUUCGGUAACCUUGUGUUUAUAACUUUGGGCAAGGCUGACAUUCAACCUUGGAAUGAACCGCGACCAGAUAAAAAAGAUGAUGACACCGAAUCUGCCGUGCCAAAUAAUAGGAAUACCACCGAUUGAGCCUUCGAAUGAGAAAAAGCUGAUUUAUUCGAAACAAACUGGAUAAUUUUCACUGUUGAUAAGGAAAAAAUCCUUAGUCUAGUCCAAAAACAUCGAAAACAUCCAGAAAACAGAUGAAACAGGAAACCUACUUAAAAGAAACGAUCGUCAUAUCGAGGAAAUGAUACAAAUCGAGUGCUCUUAAAUUAUUAGUUGUAAGUGAACCCAGCGAAGCAUUUUUAGGGUUCCUAUCCGAAGCUUCCGAUGUUAAAUGUGACUUUUAGUCGUAAGGUACAAACGUUCCCAACAACAGGCUGUAAGAUAGAAAACUACAUUCUGUAAGGCUGCAUCGACUGAAUCCAAAUGCAUUCCAGUUGCAUUAUAUGAAGAAUGUUGAAAUAUCUAUUUUAGUUUUGUGAUUGUUGUUGAAACCAAUAAAGACGUAUAUUUAAAAAAAAA